GUGAUGAUAAACCAGCUGAAGAAAGAACUCUCUAAGUCUUUUGAUAUGAAAGACUUAGGACCGGCUCAACAGAUUCUUGGGAUGCAGAUCACUCGAGACAGGAAGAAUCGCAAGUUAUGGCUUUCUCAAGAGAAGUACAUUGAACGAGUACUUGAGAGAUUCAACAUGAAUGAUGCCAAACCAGUUAGUGUUCCACUUGCGAAUCACUUCAAGUUGAGCAAAAGAACAUGCCCUACAUCCAAGGAAGAGAUCGGGGAGAUGUUAGCAGUUCCAUAUUCUUCGGCAGUUGGGAGUUUGAUGUACGCCAUGGUAUGCACAAGGCCAGACAUCGCACAAGCAGUGGGUACAGUAAGUCGUUUUCUCUCUAACCCUGGGAAGGAGCAUUGGGAGGCAGUCAAAUGGAUUCUCAGAUACUUGAAAGGUACCACGAAGUUAUGUCUUUGUUACGGAGGAGCUGAUCCAAACUUGGAAGGCUACACAGAUGCUGAUAUGGCCGGAGAUAUUGAUAGUAGAAAGUCUACUACAAGAUAUAUCUACACUUUUGCAGGGGGAGCUGUUUCUUGGCAAUCAAGAUUGCAGAAGUGUGUCGCUUUAUCUACAACAGAAGCAGAAUAUAUUGCUGCCGUUGAAGCAGGUAAGGAAAUGUUGUGGCUAAAGCGUUUUCUCCAAGAACUUGGGAUCCACCAGAAAGAGUACCAGGUACAUUGUGACAGUCAGAGUGCUCUAGACUUGAGCAAGAACUCUAUGUACCAUUCUCGUACAAAGCAUAUUGAUAUUCGGUAUCAUUGGAUACGGGAGACGAUUGAUCAACAACUGUUGAGACUAGUGAAGAUCAAUACAAAGGAGAAUCCAUCAGACAUGCUGACAAAGGUGGUGACACGAGAUAAGCUAGAGCUAUGCAGAGACAUAGUCGAGAUGCUUGUUUUGAAUAUGCCUGGAAGGGGAGAAUUGAAGAAUUCAAUUUCCAGGACAUAUCCAAGUACAAGCAAAUUGAAGAAUCCAAUUGCAACAACCAUGAAGCUUCCUCCAUGUGAAAGCAACAACCAUGAAGCUUCAUCCAUGUGCAAGAAUGACAAAGGGAGCUUCCUCAAAGUUUCCUCAUGUUUAAUCCCACCUUCCUCCCACCUUCAUAGUACCUAGUUUUGGUGCUAUAAAUAGAGAGCUUGGAGAGUCUUUCUAUCAUCAAGUAAAUUAGAAUAGAUCAUCAUAGCACAACCAAGAAGAGUUGUGAAUAUCCUUGAGAGAUAUGUGAGGUGUUGUUUUGAGAGUUUUUAAUUAGAGCUUGUAUGUCUCUUCUUUCUAUUCUUGAAAGUAAUAGAAGUGUUUUUCUCUCAUA